GUUUGCCUAUUUAGAGAAAUGCUACAUCGUUGUCUCAUACAAUCCGAGGAUUUUUUUUUUAAUCCUAAAAUUUUGAUGUUUUUUAUCAUGAUCCAGGUGACGUGAACGCCGCACCAAGAGAUACUCAAAAUAAAUGUCCGAUGUAGGCCGCAAAUCAAACCAUAUAUAUUUUUCUGCGCUUCACGCUGGUGUCAAAUCUAGAAUGAAGUCGCUAAGUGAUACUAAUAAGGGAGCAAUCGCAGCCCGAAGAUGGACUUUCAGACAUCAGCAUCAACUCUAACGAAUGCCUGUCGUCGCAAAACAUCUGAGAAGUAAAAAGCGAAACAAACUCGACGGAUAUGUUUGACCCGCGUGAAUUAUAAUGUGUGCACAGCAGCUACUAGAAUCAAAAAAAUCUGUCGUGAUCACGAAACAUUACGUAAAUGCUUGUAGAUUACAUACCUACCACUAUGAUCGAUUAAGUUCUGCAAAGAAUUCAGUUUUUAGUCUUCGCACUAGUAUUUUGAAAUUCGUAUUUUAUGGGAAGGACAUUUAUUUGCUAUUUUGAUCCGCGAGGGCCCAAAAUAACAUUCUGUUCAAAUUGACGGAUUGACUGGUUCCGAUCGGCCGAUCUCAUUGUCAUGGAUCGGAGUUUAUUCUGCAAUCUUGAAUCUGAAACCAUUAGAAAUCUCCAGUCAAACGAGUCAACGACGAUGCCGAUUCGUGGAAAGCUAUUGAAAAACCCGCCACGGAAUACACGCGCAUGCGACUGAUGCGAUUGUGAAGCAGUUGACAUUUCUCUCCUGUCAAAGAGGACGCUUCUGUCAACUAGUUGAAGUAUAGGGUUGGCAUAGGGUUGAAGGGUCUCCAGUUACUUACUGGUCGGUACCAAGUCGGUACUAAACUGGUCGGUGUAUUUUGCGCGGAUGUUUGUCACAGAAAUAUAAAGUUCUAAUUUUCUAAAAAGAAACGAUAAUCUACGAUCGCCAAGAUUCUUUCACACCGUACAAUGCAAAUAAUCUGAGAGUCUAUUUUUCAAACUAGGCGUAGAUUGCAGGAGGAAAAAUUGCCAAAAUCUGACGAGAAUGAGGUGCAUUUUGAUAUUUGAUCAUUUGAAUGAUGUACUGUUUACAAAAUGCAACAAAAAAUUUGCUGUACACAUACAGAAAUUGGCCGGAACACAAGGACUAAUACCCGAAGAUAAAGAGCAAACGGAGGGAAAUACCAAGCUCAGUCCAAAUACAAUAAUUCAAUUAUUUGCACCCAUUGUAACAUCCCAGCGUGUGAUGGCUUGUCAAUUUGGCAACUCAUACACAUCGGUACAGUGCCAGGAUGGCACUAACAUGGUAUUCGAUGAUUUCAUGGGCUAUAUGUUUGUUUACAUCGCUAGCAGUGAUGUAACUUUGAUGAAGAGAACUUUGGGAGUUUGUAUUUCUAUAGUUCGCCAUUUAUGCGGACCUGAUGUAGCCCUAUUAAAAUGGAACAAGCAGAGAGUAUCUCUGGUUUCAUCUUUGCUCGAUGCUUGGAUAACUCUCCAUGGAUGUGAGCAAAGCAUGCUUGUGGAAGCGGUUGAGCAGCUCUCUGUUAAUCCAGAUUUGGCAUCUGCAACUCUGCGGGCACUUCACGAUGCAACUGAUAAAUUGAAAACUCAAUCCGAAUUUAGCAAUGUUCACGCUCUAGUUCUAGUAGAGAAUAAGUUCCUAUCGUUAUACUCUAGCAAAAAUUCUCAGGAUCUGAGCGCCUCUGAUAUUUUACUGAUGAUGCUUUUGUGUUGGGUUGCUGGAGACAAAGGAAAGCUAAUGGAUAAUGAGGAGAACUUUGGUGAUAAUUUUAUGACUCCACAAAGCAGUCUUACUGAUCAGACAAAACUCAGUCUUACAGGCAAAUUAGCUAAACCAACAUGCAAAGAUAUAACUAACUUAUUUGGUGAUUCGAGGGAUUCUUCUAUAAGUGAUGGAUUGUAUACACUGGCUGAAGAUGGCUUAUACAGCCAAUUAGUCCUGCUAGGUUCUGGUCAUAACUACACAGCCAAUGCAGUUCACAUUACGGAGUUGACAGAUGGAAUCAAUCUAGUUAUAAUUAUAGAGGCAAGCAAUUUGUCUACUUCUUCUGGGCUCUAUGACACUUUCUAUCAUUUGAAUACUAUAAACAAUCUCCAACUUCAAAAAGAUAUUGAUGAAUUAAAACCAGCUUUCGACAACUUGGAUACGGCUAUUAAAAAGUCCAUAGAUGGUAUUAAAAAGAAUAGAAAUCACAUAAACAACGACAUAGACAUGUGUCAGAGAAGGCUACAAGUGAAAUGGGAAUUCAUACGUAAAAAGUAUGUCGAGUUACUGAAGUCUAGGGAUCCCGAGUGCAUCCUGAGAAUUGAAUCGAGUACUUCAGGAUUCACAGAAACGAUGAAAGAAUUGUUGCAACUAACUUGCUUUGACAAAAACUUCCUUAAACACGGCAUAGAUGUGAUUUUGGCCGUGAGCAAAUUGGUUAAGCAAAAAUUGAACGACUAUAGCAAUUUUCUGAAAGUCAAAGCUCUGAAAAACUUCACCCUUGGCUCGAGAACUUCCCUAACAAUCAACAAAUAUCUAGAAGAAUUCCCAGGGCUUGUUCAUUUCAUAUACAUAGACAGGACAACACAUAGGCUAACAGCUCCAACUCUGGAUUUUACCAGUCCAGAAACCUUAGCCCUCACUAAUAAAAAGAUUUGGGCGAUGGUUGAUAACAGUCGAGCUCAUUUACAGGAAGGACAUUUAUCUGUAAUGUGGAAAGACACAACAUUUAAUUAUGCAUAUUUUCUGUGGUUCGAAGAUAAUUCAGGAUCACCACUCAAGUGUAAAAUCUAUCCAAAUCAUUUGAUGAAGAAUCUACCUCCACCUGGAAUCAUUUGUGGUGAUUACUACAGGAAACUUGUGGAAAUAUGUUUCCCGAAAUUGUCUCCAAGCAAAAUUAGAAUCUAUGAACUGUAUUGCGUGCAUUUAGGACUGGCAACCUCGUCUUGUGUAUUGGAACAUUCGCGAAGACUCGCAGCCACGAUAUGGGAAGUCACUGGUGUCCCAAACAAUCCCAUUGACUUGUUAUAGAAAAUAUAAUAAUUGUAUGGGCGUAUGAUUAGAGAUACAAUUCGGUAUGCAUACGAGACAUCCACAACACCACUAAACCUACUUCGGAAGCAUCUUCCGGAAAAGUAAUACUCUCGAACUUGGCAAAAGGUAUGAGAAGAAAGUUGUGAAAUUGAGUGACAUAUAUAUUCGAAGUACGUAAGGUGGACAAACUCUUGCCCAUUUUAUCAGCCUUCAUUUCUUCUGCAGCAUACAAAGACGAAAGUGGUAGUUUUUGCGAAUAGCCACGUUUUGGUUUUUUUUUUUUUUUUUAUUACCGCAGUUGGAAAGUGACUAACGAUUGAUUAAAAAUCGUAACAAUAUCCGAUCAGUUGAUUUCGGAUCCAGUCAGACCUCGUACAAUGGACCUGAAAACGUUCUUAUGAGAGUUUGGAGAAGUGCCAACACACCUUUACAUUCCGUAUUAUUACAGUAUUUCAAAAGAAAAAUGUUUCAAUCUUUAGCAUAUUCUACGUAUGCCUGAAAUCUUACGCUAUACACUUCGUUAUCUUUACAUCUUUGUACCUGCUUUUAAUGUACGUUACGUUCGUUUUUAGUUAGGUUGGUAGUUAGUAGUAUAUGUCAUCACCAAAAUCGGCUUGCCAAUGAAUCAUUAGUACAUGGGAUAAACUCUUGUCGUUGCCAUAUUAUUGCUGUGAACAGUGUAGGAAUAUUGGAAUUUUUAGAUCGUUACAAUGCGGUGAAUCUAGGUUGAAGACAAUAAAAAAAUGCGUCUUCGCGAUAUUUGGACAAGUUUUAUUUCAGCCUUUUGUUUCGAAGUUCUUAAUAAAAUACUAACGCGUGAUAUUUCUAGCGAGUUUAUCUCUGAAUAUAAUGAACAUCACGCUAACGAAUCCCGACCUGUGGGCCUGAAUUCGUUGAUCAUAUCACAUGUAUUAACGCUAUCAAUACCCUACGCAAAAUAAUGAGGGCAGAUCUUAUCAAGUUUGAUUAUUUUUGUGUCAAGCAGUACAACAGUAAUAAAUAUUCAAAAUCAUAA